AUGGAGGCACCUGCUGUCUCCGCUUCUCAAGGCCGGAAGGUGGCGCCUGUGCCACGGACCACGGUGCUCACCUCCAACCUCUCGUCAGGGAGUCACGGCAGACGGAGCUCUCCCUUCCUGAACGGUUCCCCCGAAAACCUCUCAACUCGUGUGACCCAAGAGGCCUGCCUGGCGCUUCUCCACCCGCAGAAUGAAGUCCUGCAGGGACACAGAGAUGCGGAGGACACUCAGGGAGCCGGCAUUUCAGGAUCUGAGGCAGGCAUCGAAAUCGCCAAACAGAAGGGAGCCAGAUACAGGCUUGGGCCAGAACUGGAGAUAUGCGGCUACGGAUGCUGGGAUCAUUAUUACGAGUCGGACACCCUCUUGCAUUCACUGCAAGUCCUGGCCGCCCUCCUGGAGUCUCCGGUCACCCAGGACAUCAUCUGUGACGUGGGAAUGCCCGUGAUGCACCGGAACGUCCGCUACAACUGCCGGGUGAUAUUUCUCAACAGGAAGAUCCUGCUGAUCAGACCCAAGAUGGCCUUGGCAAACGAAGGGAACUACCGCGAGCUGCGCUGGUUCACCCCGUGGUCCAGGAGCCGGCAGACAGAGGAGUAUUUCCUCCCGCGGAUGAUCCAGGACCUGACGAAACAGGAAACUGUGCCCUUUGGAGACGCAGUGCUGGCCACGCGGGACACCUGCAUCGGGAGCGAGAUCUGCGAAGAGCUCUGGACGCCCCACAGCCCACACAUCGAAAUGGGCCUGGAUGGUGUGGAGAUCUUUACCAACGCCUCCAGCAGCCACCACGUGCUACGCAAAGCCCACGCCAGGGUGGAUCUGGUGACCAUGGCCACCACCAAGAACGGUGGGAUUUACCUGCUGGCCAAUCAGAAGGGCUGCGACGGGGACCGGCUCUACUACGACGGCUGCGCCAUGAUCGCCAUGAACGGCAGCAUCUUCGCUCAGGGGUCCCAGUUCUCGCUGGACGAUGUGGAAGUCCUCACCGCCACGUUGGAUUUGGAGGAUGUCAGAAGCUACAGGGCGGAGAUCUCAUCUCGAAACUUGGCGGCCAGCAGGGUGAGCCCCUACCCCCGCGUUAAGGUGGACUUUGCCCUCUCGUGCCACGAGGACCUGCUGGAGCCGCUGUCAGAGCCCGUGGAGUGGAAAUACCACAGUGCGGGCGAGGAGAUCAGCCUCGGACCUGCUUGCUGGCUCUGGGAUUUUUUAAGGCGAAGCCACCAGGCGGGGUUUUUCCUGCCCCUGAGUGGAGGGGUGGAUAGCGCGGCCACCGCCUGCCUCGUCUACUCCAUGUGCCACCAGGUCUGCGAGGCCGUGAAAAACGGAAAUCAGGAGGUGCUGGCUGAUGUCCGGACCCUCGUGAGCCAGGACAGCUACACCCCCCAGGACCCCCGUGAGCUCUGCGGGCGCCUCCUGACCACCUGCUAUAUGGCCAGCGAGAACUCUUCCCAGGAGACCAGCGACAGGGCCCGGGAGCUGGCCCAGCAGAUCGGAAGCCACCACAUCAGCCUCGGCAUCGGUCCCGCCGUGACGGCCGUCCUGGGCAUCUUCAGCCUGGUCACGGGUAAAAGGCCUCUGUUUGCGGCUCACGGAGGAAGCAGCCGGGAGAACCUGGCCCUGCAGAACGUGCAGGCUCGGCUGAGGAUGGUCCUCGCCUAUCUCUUCGCUCAGCUGAGCCUCUGGUCCCGGGGCGCUCCAGGCGGACUCCUGGUGCUCGGAGCUGCCAACGUGGACGAGAGCCUCCUGGGCUACCUGACCAAGUACGACUGCUCCAGCGCCGACAUCAACCCCAUAGGCGGCGUCAGCAAGACCGACCUGCGCGUCUUCAUCCAGCUCUGUGUCGAGCGCUUCCAGCUUUCGGCCCUGCGGGGCAUCCUGGCCGCACCGGCCACCGCUGAGCUCGAGCCCUUGACCAACGGACAGGUGUCCCAGACCGACGAGGAGGACAUGGGGAUGACGUACGCAGAGCUCUCGGUCUUCGGGAGGCUCCGGAAGGUCGCCAAGGCCGGGCCCUACAGCAUGUUCUGCAAGCUCCUGCACAUGUGGCGAGACACCUGCAGCCCUCGACAGGUGGCCGACAAGGUGAAGCGGUUCUUCUCCAAGUACUCCAUGAACAGACACAAGAUGACCACACUCACGCCCGCCUACCACGCCGAGAGCUACAGCCCCGACGACAACAGGUUCGACCUGCGGCCGUUCCUCUACCACGUGGGCUGGCCGUGGCAGUUCCGGUGCAUAGAGAACCAGGUUCUGCAGCUGGAGAGGAGGGAGCGGCAGGACCUGGACGGCGUGGACUGAGGCCUGGCCCUGCGUGGAGGGCGCCCCGCCUGCCAGGACCCCGCCUGGAACAUCGGCCUCGCUGGUGGCCUCGAGCGGAGCUCAGCCUCUCCCUGCCCCCCGGCAAGGGGACCACCAACAAGGCUUGUUUCACGGUUCAAGGGAAAGGGAUCUUUUAAGUCUAGUUCCUUAAAUAAAGAGAAGGUGACUUUUAA